AUCAAGUUUAAAGACAGUAGAAGAAGAAGAAGAAAACUUAAUAAUCUUCAGUUCAAACAAAUCUCAACAAAGGGUUUUUGAAUCUGUAACAAAUUUCAACAAAGAUGUUUCUUACCAGAACUGAGUACGAUAGAGGUGUUAACACCUUCUCGCCUGAAGGACGAUUGUUUCAAGUUGAAUAUGCUAUUGAAGCUAUCAAGUUGGGUUCAACUGCAAUUGGACUGAAGACCAAGGAAGGAGUUGUUCUUGCUGUGGAGAAGCGCAUUACUUCACCACUUCUGGAGCCAAGCAGUGUGGAGAAAAUUAUGGAAAUUGACGAGCAUAUUGGCUGUGCAAUGAGUGGAUUGAUAGCUGAUGCACGGACUCUUGUGGAACAUGCACGGGUUGAAACUCAGAACCAUAGAUUCUCUUAUGGUGAGCCCAUGACUGUUGAGUCCACUACCCAAGCUCUCUGUGAUUUGGCGUUGCGAUUUGGUGAGGGCGAUGAAGAAUCUAUGUCCAGGCCUUUUGGUGUGUCCCUUCUCAUUGCUGGUCAUGAUGAGAAUGGUCCCAGCUUGUACUAUACUGAUCCUUCUGGUACAUUCUGGCAAUGCAAUGCUAAAGCUAUUGGGUCAGGUUCUGAAGGUGCUGAUAGCUCUUUGCAGGAGCAGUAUAACAAGGACCUUACCCUUAAAGAAGCUGAAACCAUAGCACUGUCAAUUCUUAAGCAAGUGAUGGAAGAGAAGGUGACUCCCAAUAAUGUUGAUAUUGCAAGGGUAUCUCCAACUUACCAUCUAUACUCACCAUCAGAGGUGGAAGAGGUUAUCAGCCGCCUAUAAGAAAGCAUGUGAUCACACUCGUUAAUGAUAUUUUUCUUGUAUGACAAAUGCUUGCAGCCCUGGAGUUAAUUGGAUUGUUUUUUUCCUUCUUCCAAGGCUGGGAAUUGAUUCAGACAAGUGUUUUCUGUAUGCUCAUUACAUUAUUUGCUUCAAGGAUUUAAG